AUGGAGCUCCGGGGCCCCGGGGCGCCGCCGCCGCUGCCGGCGCUGCUGCUGCUUCUCGGGGCCAGCCUCCUGCCCGCGAGCAGCCACGUGGAGACCCGGGCCCACGCCGAGGAGCGGCUGCUGAAGAAGCUCUUCUCGGGCUACAACAAGUGGUCUCGGCCUGUGGCGAACAUCUCGGACGUGGUCCUGGUCCGUUUCGGCCUGUCCAUCGCCCAGCUCAUCGACGUGGACGAGAAGAACCAGAUGAUGACGACCAAUGUGUGGGUGAAGCAGGAGUGGCAUGACUACAAGUUGCGCUGGGACCCGGCUGACUACGAGAACGUCACGUCCAUCCGAAUCCCCUCGGAGCUCAUCUGGCGGCCCGAUAUUGUCCUUUACAACAACGCGGACGGGGACUUUGCGGUGACGCACCUGACCAAAGCCCACCUCUUCCACGACGGACGGGUCCAGUGGACACCCCCGGCCAUCUACAAGAGCUCCUGCAGCAUCGACGUCACCUUCUUCCCCUUCGACCAGCAGAACUGCACCAUGAAGUUUGGGUCCUGGACGUAUGACAAGGCCAAGAUCGACCUGGUGAGCAUGCACCGGAGGGUGGACCAGCUGGACUACUGGGAGAGUGGCGAGUGGGUGAUUGUGGACGCUGUGGGCAACUACAACACCAAGAAGUACGAGUGCUGCGCCGAGGUGUACUCUGACAUCACAUACGCCUUCAUCAUCCGGCGGCUGCCGCUCUUCUACACCAUCAACCUCAUCAUCCCCUGCCUGCUCAUCUCCUGCCUCACCGUGCUGGUCUUCUACCUGCCCUCCGAGUGCGGCGAGAAGGUCACGCUGUGCAUCUCCGUGCUGCUCUCGCUCACCGUCUUCCUGCUGCUCAUCACCGAGAUCAUCCCCUCCACCUCGCUGGUCAUCCCGCUCAUCGGCGAGUACCUGCUCUUCACCAUGGUCUUCGUCACGCUCUCCAUCAUCAUCACGGUGUUUGUGCUCAACGUGCACCACCGCUCGCCGCGCACGCACACUAUGCCUGCCUGGGUGCGCAGGGUCUUCCUGGACAUUGUGCCUCGCCUGCUCUUCAUGAAGCGGCCAUCUGUGGUCAAGGACAACUGUCGACGGCUCAUUGAGUCCAUGCACAAGAUGGCCAAUGCCCCACGCUUCUGGCCUGAGCCCGAGGGCCAGCCCGGCCUCCUGAGCAGGGACCCAUCACCCACCGCCUCCUUCUGUGUCUCGUUGGGGGAGCCAGUCAAGCCACCCUCGGAGCAGACCCCCACUCUCAACCCCCCAGAGGCCAAGAAGGCCAGUGCCAGCCCCACAUCUGGCCCUGACCACCUGCCCAGCAGUGCCCAGACUUCGAGGCUGGCCAAGGCCAGGUCCUUCAGCGUCCAGCACGUGCCCAGCCCCAGCAGGGUGGAGGAAGGCAGCGUCCGGUGUCGAUCUCGCAGUGUCCAGUACUGCAUCUCCCAAGAUGAUGGCUGCAGCCAGGCCAAUGGCCAGGUGGCCAGCUCCCCGGUGUCCACUCACUCCGCUGAGCCUGCGCCUCUCGAUCAGCCCUCCCCCUGCAAAUGCAAGUGCAAGAAAGAGCCAGCCGCUUCCUCCCCUGACGCCACGCUCAUGGCCCUUAGCACCAAGGUGCCAUGCCGCCGUCUGCCACUGUCGCCGGCCCUGACCCAGGCUGUGGAGGGCGUCCAGUACAUUGCAGACCACCUGAAGGCGGAGGACACGGACUUCUCGGUGAAGGAGGACUGGAAGUACGUGGCCAUGGUCAUCGACCGAAUCUUCCUCUGGGUAUUCGUCAUGGUCUGCCUGCUGGGCACCAUCGGCCUCUUCCUGCCACCCUGGCUGGCUGGCAUGAUCUAG